CUGUUGAGCGGCGGAGCCUCCAGCCCGGAGCGCACGCGUGUUCACUGGACUCGAAUGGUGUGAAGCCCCAGAUGAGGGACUCGGACGUCCGGGGAAUGACAGCGUCUGUCACCGGGAGUGACAGCUUUCACUCUGAGCGACUCCGCUGAAAUUCCUCCAGCCUGACACCCAGCGACACUGAUCCGGACCGGAUCCAGCCACACCAGGACUAUGCCAGAGAUGGAGAAAGGGAGACCUCCGGAAAAUAAACGCAGCAGGAAACCCGCGCACCCCGUGAAGAGGGAGAUCAACCAGGAGAUGAAGACGUUUGCAGAAAGCACCAUGAACGAGCUCCUGGGGUGGUACGGGUACGACAAGGUGGACCUCCGGGAGUCGGAGGCCAACGAGAUCAGAAACUACAGGGAGAGGCGUCAGCAUGUGUCUGUGCUAAAAGAAAACUCGUUGCCAAAACCCAAAAGUCUGGACGCCAAAGCCAGUCACUCAGUCCUGGCCAUGAAGAGCGGAGAGAGGGAGUCCUGCAGCGUCCCUUCCUCCUCGCCCUCCUCUUCUGCGACAAGCUCAUCCCUGACCUCCCCCAAGGAGCACAAGAGCGCCCCUGUCAUCGUCCCUCUCAUAAAGCCGUCAGCAGUGGAAGACGUGCAGAACGUGCAGAUAGUGUGUGUUUGGUGCCAGAAGGAAGGUGUAAAACGCUACUCUCUAUGUAUGGGCUCGGAGCUCAAGAGCUUCUGCAGUGAGAAGUGUUUCGCCGCCUGCAGACGGGCCUACUUCAAACGCAACAAGGCCAGAGAUGAAGAUCUCCAUGGUGAGAGAUCCCCGCAGCACUCCCAUACAGAGGACUCGCCCAGACUGGUGUUGAAGAUAAACACCAAUGUCAGACAGUCUCUCUCCCCUGUGCCACAGGUAUGUGACUGGUGCAAGCAUGUCCGUCACACUAAAGAAUACCUGGACUUUGGAUCUGGUGAGGAACGACUCCAGUUCUGCAGCACAAAGUGUCUGAACCAGUACAAGAUGGACGUCUUCUACCGAGAAGCGCGUGCAGCUCUCACCAGCACCAGUUCCAGCCCAAACAGAACCAGUCAGGAGGGGAGGGCCGACAGCGUGGUGGCUGGGCAAAAGCUACUCACUCCAGAGUCUUGGAACAGCAGCAACAGUGCAAUGGAAGCCCGUAACAGAAACCUUUCCCCUAAAGGGCCUGCACUAAUCCACGGAUCAGCAGAACCCACCUCCAUCUCCCCCUCAGAAGCCUCUUCUUCUUCUUCUUCUUCUUCCAAAGUCCCCGUUCCAGGGCUCAGGACCCUGGAGAGAUCGAUCCAGCCCCCUCCCUCUUCUAUGGAGGUGUCGCCGCACCCUGUUCCCCUUCCUCCUCCACCUCCUCCUCGCCCUCCUCUGGAGCAAAAGCCAGUGCCUCAAAUCCCCAUGCCCUUCAUCAGGCCUCCUCUUCAUGCUCAGGGCCUGAAAAGCCCCCUUGCCAAUCCUCCCAGACAUCCAGGCCCCCCUUCCAGCCCUAUCCACAGACCUCCACACUCUCCCCACCUACAGCCCCCAACUUCUACUUCGAUGAAUCCCCCUGGACUGAUGCAUCCCUUCCCAGGAGCCUACUUCCCUGGAUUGCACUCCCCUCCUCUGAACAUGAUGCCAAGAGCUCCAGUCCCAAUGCCUCCCAUAAUGAACUUUGGGAUUCCUUCUUUUAGCCCUUUGCUGCCCCAACCCACUGUGCUGGUGCCUUAUCCCAUCAUUGUUCCCUUGCCUGUCCCCAUACCCAUUCCUAUCCCCAUUCCAGUCCCUCCUAAAGCAACAGUAGAAACUCCAAGUCACAGUGGAGUUAUCCAGCCCGUGCCAGAAGGGGUGGACAGGGUGAGAUCCAGGGCUAUCAGGCCACAAUCUCCAGGGAUCUCUGAAGGGGACAUCAGAUUGGUAGCCAACAAAUUCGGUGGAGCCUUGCCUCAAGGUCUUUCCUCACCGAGUGACCCCAACACAAGGGACACAGAUUGGGUUAAAUCAGAGAGGCCAUUUCUGUCCCCAGCAUCCACACCCCAAAGUGGAGCAUCUUCCCCCAGAGCACAGUACAAUGAAUCCCCCUGCUCUGCCUCAGGGUCGGAGGUGCUGGCAGACGAAAAGCAGCAGCAGACAGAGCGACAAGUCAUCCAAAGGGUUCUUCAAAGGACCCAAGUGAAGAUGGAGCCCAGUGCCAAUGGAGUGGUGGACCUGUCAGGGCUGGGGGAGUCAGGGACUGGACAGGUUAACAGAUCGGGGCUUCACGAUAUCAUCAGACCCACCCCUCCUCUACCACAGUCACCUUCACAUGACACUGUCUACCAGCACCAGGACUCCCAAACUCCACCCUGUCACACCCCACCCAGCCCCAUGGGGAGCAGCCAUCCACAUGAUGCCACACCCUCUGUCCUGAAAUCUCGGGACCACGGUCAAAAUGGAAUGUCCUCUGCAUCCACACCUGCCAGUCCAGACUCCUCCCUACCCCAGAGAUUACAAGCACCACCCUCUGACCCUGCACUUAGUGAGCUGGAGGCCAUCAAAGAGAACAAGUGCUCUGUUGUUAGCCCAGUGCGGGUCGAGGGCCCAGUCGGUCACUUAGAAGAGCCCUUAACAGUAGUCGGGGACAUAGGAGAGGACUCUCAUGUUCCAGAUGAGGACCAUGCCUAUGCCCUGCCCACAGCGCCAAAGACAGGUGGGACCACCACCCCACUGCUCUUGCCCAAACUCAGGGACAAGGGCAGCCUGCGGAGCCCUGCUAAUAUGCCCAGCGCUGGAGACAUGGAGCCAGCUCUGAAGAGGCGAUGCCUGCGAAUCCGAGAUCAGAAUAAGUAGAGGAUGGAGACUCCCUGUUUAACACUGUAUGGCAGUGCCAGAUUCAGUGCCACGCCCUCUUGUGGACAACACCAGUGCUAACACCCUCCAGCCUGUCCCUCAGCCCACCAGAGUGCUGCUCUGCCUGUAGACCAGCAGGGUGCCAACCCAGGAAGCAGUCCAGAUGGCCGAAUUAUCGCAAGUCAACAUGGAGGUGGGGGGGAGAACACAACACAGUCACACAGUUUUGUCUUGGACCAAAGAGCAUCGCUGGCUCGUGUGUUACAUUGUGUGCGGUGAGCGCUUGAAAUGGAGCAUCUCAGAUCUUCUUCCUGUCUGACAUUGCCCUAAAGUGUGCACAACUUAGUGUGGCUGCCCAGAUGCGCUCCUCCUCCUCCUCUUCCUCCUCCUCCUCCUCCUCGUCCUCCUCCUCCUCCUCUUCGCUCCACACAGCAGACAGGGCUCUGAUCAGCCUUGUGUGGUCUUCUCAGAUGGAGCCUGAACAUGAUCUCUUUCCAGGGGAAACGGUUUGUUUUCUCUGCCCGGCUUGCACAAAGAGCCACAUUGUUCCUCUCCCCAUAUCCCACGCUGACUCCCCACUCCAGGUUUUGGGUUACCUGGCCGACGGGGGCUCAGACUUCAGGAGCUUUUUUAUUUUUUUGACCGACAGCCAGGAAUAUAGUAUACCCUUCUCUCCUCCACCUAUCCGCCCAAUCUAAAUACGGUACACACCAGUGCUGAGGUUUUUAUCCCUCACAACUGAUUGCCUGUGACUCCCUACGCUGCUCACUUCCUUCGAGGGAGGAGAGAAAUUCUGCUGAGAUUAAGACUUUAUCCCCGGGCAGUUUGCUCACCGUGUAGAGAGUCCGGCUCGGCUGUCAAGACAGAGGAUUGAAUCCCCCCGAGGAGAGCCCUCUCUGGCUCCUCUAAAACAAUGUAGACAGAACAUCCGAGGGCACGCCUACUGAUGCACACUAGCCGAGACGGUCUGUGAACACUUUAGUCGUCUUGAUGACGCUGGUACAUAAAUGUGUGAUUUACAGAUCCGAUAUCCACCAAAUGGCAAAUUUGAAUCCGUGUUUGCUUUAAAAACCUUCACAGGACGCGACAGUUUGACUGAUUCAGAUUGUUUUUCUACAGUUAUUUGGCUUCGAUCGGACAAUUCUGACAAAAAACAAAAAAAACAAGACGAAGUUUUGUAAUAUUACCAAAUGUGGUGUUAUACUCAAAAGCAUCAAAUGCUGUGGUGUGCAGCGAGCAGUAUUACAGUUCCCGCUGUUGGGGAUACCUAACGAGAUUUGAUCCACUUAGAGGCUUGUCAACACUUGUCCCCCUUUUGUAUGAUUUCCAGUUGAAAUCUACGCAGAUACUAUUUGAUGUUAUAUUAACUUAUGGAUGAUGCUUAUGUAGAUUUUCACACACACACACACAAAAAGCUUUAUUUCCUCACUUGUUUUGUUUCUUUGGUGAUUGUGUGCCGAAGCUCUUGAACGCCUCCUCCUCCCCCUGUCUAUGUGUUUAUAUGCCCACUAGAGAGCAGUGUUUGCCUUUGUAACUUUGCACCUGCCCUUUUUUUUUUUUUUUUUCCUGACAAGAAAGCACCAGGAGGCCCCAUAGGCAGUCUGCUGAAAGCCCAAUACAAUCUCACUGAACACAACACUGCACUCGGUGCCAUCUGACUCCCAUCCAAGCAGACAGCUUUUUCCUCGCCAAUAUUUCAGACGAUUGCAGCAGCGUCCUAUCAAGGAUGUAGUCAGCGGCCUCUUCGCUCAUCGUGACCUAGAAAAUGUCACCCAGCCCCCCCCGCCAUCAUUCCAAAACUACCUACCCUGUCUGUGUUUGUGUAUAUGUGCCUACGGAGGAAACACGCUUUCCUGUCGCCCCGCUCAUUCCAGCCGACAUCCUCACCCACAAGUCAUGCCAUUAGUGUCAGAGUCAUCCUGCCAGGGGGGACUUUGUCAACAGCUGAUGACAUCACUCCAUACAAAUAGCUGCCGUGUCAACAAGUGGUUCUGCUCUGACUUCAGAGGCCAAAUCUUACACCAUCAAGACUGCCAUUAUUAUUACUAUUAUUAUUAUUUUCAAUCAUUGCCAUUUCUCACCUGGUACAAUAUGGGUGUUAAUUCAAAGUUUUGACAAAAGUGACUUUAGAUGUUUUUUUGUUGUUGCCUGAAAUGCAUAGGUAGGCUACUUUCUGACCUCCCCUGUCCAACAUUUAGCCGCUAUCUGGAUUUAAACUGUCUCACUGUUUGUAUUUGAAUAAAGAUUAAGUAACCAAGAGCUUUGGUGGAGACCUCUUUGUAAAGUAAAAAAUAAAUAAAAGUUAUUCUAAGAGCAA